CGAGGAUUUGUGAAUGUUACCUGGUGUCCUUAGUAAAAGAAUCUCAAAUAUUCAUUUAAUAACCUGCGUAUCCUGAUACGCAAGAUUAUGUUUGACUGUUAUCCUGCUUCAUGGAGAAACAUGUUUUGACUUCUUAUCUUUUUUUGUGUGAUGAUGUUUUGAAGCGGGAAAAUAGCGAAUCGAAUAUUUUGACGUUUUGGAACGCGUGUCGAGCGCGGCAUGACAUUUUGACAGUUUAAAAACGUCUAUAAAGGACAAUGUUGUAAACUGAAGUUGAUAUUGUUUCGUAAUUAACUUUUGAGUAAUUGCGCGAGGAGCACAGUUAUAGUGAACUUACAAAUAGUUGUGUAGUAGAAUCAGAAAACAAAAAAUGAGUCAAACAGAUAAUUCUCUGAUCCAAACACCCUCAAUUAAUUAUAACCUAGAUUCUCAACGAGAACCCGUUUUUCAUGCUGUUUAUAUACCAAGAGAUGAAGAGAACAAAUCUGUUGAAGUAAAUGGGAUUACUGGGUUUUCAGGAAGCUUACACGUUUAUGUGGAUAAGGUUGCAGCUUUGAAAAUAAUAAAUGAGCAUAAAAAAGGACGCCUAAAAACAUUUAAGACGAGGGCUGAAGCUGAGAGUUUUGCACGUAAUGGAAAUCAACAAAUAUUGUCACGGUCCCAAACUGUUCCAUUGCUUCCAUUACCUGAAGAGAAGACAAAUACAUUUAAAGGUCCAAAGCCACAGGAUUUAGUUGUAUUUCGCAAGUUAAUAGAAAGUGGAGAUAUUGAAGCAGUGCGUAAGAUUGCAUGGGAGAAUCCAAGAUAUUUAGUCAGCAGUGCAGAUACCCCAGCCAUUCUUCAGGAAGGUUGCCGCUACAAUGCAUUGCAUGUGGCAGCAAAGGUAUCUAAGACACCUCAGAUGUGUGAACUGAUUCUAAACAUAGUGGGUGAUCCAAAAUUUGUAAAACUAUUUUAUGGUGAAGAUGAAAGUAAAAAUUAUUUAAACAGAGCACAAAUUCUUCUGGAUUUGUAUUUAAACACCCCAGAUAAAUUUCUCAAUGAAACCCCAUUACACUUCGCCGCGAAAUUCGGCUUGAAGGAAGUCGUUCGUGUACUGGUUUCAUAUCCUCAAUGCGUAAAAACACUGCGUAACAAAUAUCAACAAACACCAGCAGAAAUUACUUGCAGCCGUAGAUUUUCCGAGGACGAAACGUUGAAGAGAGAAAUACGUAAUUUACUAGAGGACCAAUAUUAUGUUCCUGUAUUACGUUCUGAGGACAAUACCUUACAGCCUUCCAUAGGAGAACCAUUCUCACCAACGAGUCCACCACAAUUUAAACUGGACCCAAUAAGUCCCAUACUCGAAGUGAAGGCGUUCGCUGGACCUAUGACUAAAAGUCAGGCAAUGGAAUUUCGUAGGAAAUGGAAAACGCCACCGCGAAUCAUCUGUAAUGGUCCAAAUCGUCGUGAAAAUUGUUCAGGUGAACCAUUUAUGCAUAGUCCUGUGGCUGCGCUCAGACUUCAGGAUACAGAAAAAGGACUGGAACGCGUUGGCAGGGAUCUGGCCAGCGAGUAUAAAGUUCCUUGGAAAGAAUAUUGGCCGUUUAUAAAUGAUUUUGCGGAUAUGCGUUGUAAUGAAGGCUUGAAAAUGCUUGAAAAAUAUUUGGAAAACAGGUUUAAAGAAUCCAUAAUGAUUGCCGAGGAGCUAAAACGUGAUCAAGAACUAUUAAAGUAUGAUAAAAACUUUCAAGGACAAUUAGAAGAUCAUAUGGCAGAUCCAUUCAAUGAAACAGAUCUAUGUAAACAAUUAGAAUCUCUGAAUGUAGACGAUGAUUCAGAGGAAUUCUUCACACCGCCAUCUUCCCCUAUUCUGGAUCCUUUUAGUGAUACUGAGGACUCCGAAGAUGAAGACAUGUAUCUUGCCGAGGAAGGAUUGGCUACAUAUAUUGACGGGAAUGAACCAACGAAACUCGAUUAUGCUGUUUACAAUGCAAUCUCGACUGAUAUUAACCAAAAAAUAUAUCCAAAUAUUUAUCGAUGGCUACACGAGAUGAAAGUAAUCAUGGACCAUGACGAAAGACGAUUUAACAAGGGAACGCUCGUGAGGAGAAGAUUACUUUUGACACCGGAUAAACCUCGCUUUCAACAUUUCGAAAAAUCCUAAGAUUCUAAUAAGCUGUCAAUAAUGACAAUUGCACAACGGAAUGGCUCUUGGUCAUCGCAUAUACAAGUCGAAAGAUAGCUGAGAAAACAGAGAACGAGAGAGAAAAGGAAAGAAAGAGUAUAGAGGUAUAUAUUUUCAUACAGAUUUUUUUAUAUAUGUUGAAACACGGCUAUGUAAUUUUAUGAAUGAAACCUCUUGACUGCUCUCUACUCGAAAAUGUAAUUUCGAGUCUCCAGUAAUGAGUACAGGAUACAUUAAAAAAUAAAGAAAAUUAUAUUUAUCUUAUCUAACCAA